AUGGGCCUUUGGGGAGCACUUUGCUUUUUAAUUUUCCUGGGCAAAACUUGGGGACAGGAACAAAUCUUCGUCAUUUCACCACCCAAAGUCUUCCGGGUCGGAGCAUCUGAAAAUGUUGUAAUUCAGGCCCAUGGCUACACUGAAGCAUUUGAUGUGACAAUCUCUAUAAGAAGUUAUCCUGAUAGAAAAGUGACCUACUCCUCAGGCUGUGUUAAUUUAUCCCCAGAAAAUAAAUUCCACAACUCGACACUAUUAACAAUUCAGGACAAACAGUUGUCUGCAGGACAAAGCUCAUUUUCAUAUGUGUAUUUGGAAGUCGUGUCAAAGCAUUUUUCAAAAUCAGAAAAAAGGCCAAUCCUCUAUGACAAUGGCUCUCUCUUCAUCCACACUGACAAGCCUGUGUACACUCCGCAGCAGCACGUAAAGGUUGGCGUGCUUUCGCUGGGAGAUGACUUGGAGCCAGUUACACGGGAAACUGUCUUAACUUUCAUUGACCCUGAAGGAUCAGAAGUUGACAAGGUGCAAGGAAACAAUCUUACUGGAGCUGUGUCUUUUCCUGACUUCCAGAUUCCUUCUAACCCCAAAUACGGUAGAUGGACGAUUCAGGCUAAAUAUAGAGAAGAUGCUUCCACCAACGGAACGACACACUUUGACGUCAAAGAACACGAAAAAGCUUACAAUUUAAGUCUUAUGCCAAUAAAUGAUCUACAGCAUGAACUGAAAAUUCAAGGUACUCUAAUGUUUUGUCUCCAGCCAACAGAUUACCUGGAAUGGAAAAUAAGAGAACAAGCUGCUACAUACAAACAUCCGGUGGUAAAGAAGUGUUGUUAUGAUGGAGCCAGACGUAGUGAGCAUGAAACCUGUGAGCAGAGAGCAGACCGUGUGAAAAUAGGCCCAAACUGUGUCCAAGCCUUCACUCAAUGCUGCACCAUGGCAACCCAGAUCAGAGCUAAUGACACCUUUAAAGAAUUCAUCCUUGGUCAUGAUGUGAACACAAUGGUGUAUCUACCCUAUAUCAUUGUGAACACAAUGGUGUAUCUAACCUAUGCCAUUGUGAACACAAUGGUGUAUCCAAUCUUUGCCAUUAUGAACACAAUGGUGUAUCUACCCUAUAUCAUUGUGAACUCAAUGGUGUCUCUAACAUAUACCAUUAUGAACACAAUGGUAUCUAACAUUACCAUUAUGAAAACAAUGGUGUUUCUAACCUAUGCCAUUGUGAACAAAAUGGUGUAUCUACCAUAUAUCAUUGUGAACACAAUGGUGUAUCCAAUCUAUACCAUUAUGAACACAAUGGUGUAUCUAACCUAUACCAUUAUGAACGCAAUGGAAUAUCUAAACUAUACCGUUAUGAACACAAUGGUGUAUCAAAUCUCUACCAUUAUGAACACAAUGGUGUAUCUAACCUUACCAUAA